AUGACUAUUAUGAAAUCCAUGACCUCCCUCGGCUCCGUUGGCCCAAGCGCCAUGAGCAAGAGCACUGUCUCAAGCAUGGGUGCUUCAGGUGUUGGCCAAUCCGGUAACAACAAUGCUGGACUUGGAUGUCUGAUUGGUGGCCUAACCCACACUGUUGGUGGAACCGUUAUCGCUGUCGAAGGUGUUGUCAACGGUGUCCUCUUCACUGCUCUCGGUCUGGUUGAUGGUAUCCUCGGUGGAAUCUGUCUCUAA